AUGAAAAGCAGUUGAUAUAUGGCCAUUCUUCAUCCGCUGGAAUCUCGAAUGCAGCAGACCAAAGCUCGUGCAAAGAGGAUCCUAUUUGUGGUGUGGAUACUCCCAUGCUGUGUGGCCGCCCCUUUCCUUUACCCUUCGGAAGCAUACAGCAAUACACUGCAUAGCCAGUAUGGAGUAAUUUCCAGGCUCACAUGCUUUAUAAUGCUGCCUGAGAAUUUCAGGCGCGCAUACUAUACAUUCUUGUUUGCUUUCAUCUACAUACUCCCUCUCUCUUUCAUCGCCGGUACCUGCUUUCAGGUUGCCAGAUGCCUCUUAAAAGACAUUCCUGUUCACAGACAAGGAAGUAUCCGACGACAGGAAGCUAACAGAAGGAAGGUGGCCAAAAUGGUUCUGAUGGUGGUCCUUGCCUUUGCUGUGGCGUGGACGCCCUACUUUCUAGUGAGCAUCAUUACGCAAUACCAAGCAGUUAAUUUUAUGGAGCGGGAAAAUUUCUUCUUCACCAUGCUUUGCAUUAAUCUGUUUGCUUUCUCGAACUCUUGCGUCAAUCCCUUCAUAUAUGCUGCUAUGAGCAAUCGAUUUCGGAAUGGCUUCUUGCGGCUCUUUCGCUUUAUUUUCUGCCCAAGUAGUUGCUCAGAGGAACCAGCCAACCAAGGGAAAAGUGAAGCCGCUCGAAAUGUACGAUUCAAAUGCCAGGACUAUGAUGUUCAAGAAGCAGAGUGCCCUGUCUGGGCUACUGAUGUUGCUGAGGCCCACCUCCGAGAACUCGUGGAAGAUAAUCAAUAUGCAACCAUUCGAGAGUUUGCUGAGGAGUUAGAUGUUGGUGUCAUGCCCAUUAGCUUGCACUAUGCAUCGUAUAAAUUUAAUGUACAAGUUCAACUGCUGGGUGCCGCAUGA